CUUCACAAAAGUGGAAUAGGAUAAUUUCUUUUUGAUAUCUUGAUGAAACGAUAUAUUUUGCAAAAAUCGCCGGCCCCUCCAGCCAGACAGUAUGGGAAGCCUAGCAUGACCGGUUUCGAAAAUCCCUAUGAGCUCCGAAUGGUGGAACGACCGUCGCCGUGUGGUGAAAACGAGAUAUACGACAACUGUCCACCAAUAUAUCCUCCACUUAGGUGUAAUGUACAGGAAAUGCUAACAGUUUGUGGAAUGAAUCCUGAGCCAGGUAAUCCUGAAUGCGAACCUGGAUGCAGAUGCGCUGAUAACUAUUAUUUGAACGCCUCUGGUGACUGCAUUACAAGAGAAGAAUGCCUUUUAGGUGUAAGUCCUACUACGUGCAAUUCGAAGUCGCCAGGAUAUUCAGAAUGUAUAAACGGCGGUUGCACAAAGUGGAGAUGCACAGACUAUGGAUAUGUUUGUUUGGUAAAAGGACCGUGUGAAGUGGGCUGCGGUUGUCAGGACUCAUACAAACGCUCGUCUACUGGUACUUGCAUGCCAGCUGAUCCUUGCCCUCCUUCACAAGACAUGUCUACUGAGGAGAUGAUGACACCACGGCAAAAGCCUAUUCGUAGGCCAUACUCGCAAUAUUCCAAAAGCGACAUGGAAGGAACUCUAUUUUGAGAAUUACAUGUAAUCUAUAAAGACAA